CACCCCUCUCCGCACCCAAACGUGGGACCUGUUAACCAGCGAGGCCGCAUCCAGGGUGUAUCCUGCAAAGCGCGCGGCCCCCAAUUCGUUCUCGGCCUCUCGAGUCUCGCUCGCCCAACCCGCGGAACCCUAGCCCUGACCGCAGAUUCCUCCGGCGCCGGACACACGGCCGCCGCGAUAUGGACUGCGCCGGAGGCGGAGACCCCGUCGAAGACUUCCUCCUCGGUGGCGCCGGCGACGACGGAGAUCUCUCCAUCUUCUGCGAUGGCGUGCCCACGCUGGCCGGCGACGGAGGACUUGGGAUUGAUGGAUUCAGUGGAGAUGCUUGUGGGUUUGAGCAAUCUAAUUUAGGGAAAAGGGCUAGAGAUGAACCAUCUUCAUCUGGUCCGAAAUCCAAAGCUUGUCGUGAAAAAAUGAGGAGGGACAGGCUGAAUGACAGGUUUCUGGAAUUAAGUUCGGUUAUGAAUCCUGGUAAGCAAGCUAAGUUGGAUAAAGCAAAUAUCUUAAGUGAUGCAGCCCAAAUGUUGGCACAACUUAGAGGUGAGGCAGAAAAGCUUAAAGAAUCAAAUGAGAAGCUGCGAGAGAAUAUCAAGGACCUGAAGGAGGAGAAGAAUGAGCUCCGAGAAGAGAAAGUGAGACUUAAGGCAGAAAAGGAGAGGCUGGAGCAGCAAGUUAAAGCAAUGAGUGCAGCUCCUACAGGAUAUGUUCCCCAUCUCCCUCAUCCAGCUGCAUACCAUCCUGCUGCUUUUGCUCCAUUUGCACCACCACAGCAGGCUCCAACCAACAAAAGUGCUCCAAUCUCCGCAGCGUUCCCUGGGAUGGCGAUGUGGCAGUGGCUGCCUCCGACCGUGGUGGACACAACUCAAGAUCCGAAGCUCUGGCCACCAAAUGCUUAGCUGCAGCUACUGCAUAAUGCUGACUCAUGGUGCUGUCUCAUCCAUUGGCGGCAAAUCAGUGCCUGUUAGAUCCCUGGAGAGGAAAGAAGUUUGCAACUCUGGUCAUGUUUUUGCUGUUACAGUCAUUUCCAGCAGCUAUAAACUCUUACUUGUUCCAUUGAAGGGUGAUGUCUGUAAUUAAUAUGGAUCUUAACCCUCUAGUUGCAAAUAUUCCAUUGUGACCUUGUCUCGUCUCAUCAUCUGUGAGCAUGAUCUGCUGAA